AUGCAUGAGCUUGUGGCAGGGGUCACACGGCAGCGACGAGAAGAGGAAAGGGCGGCGUACGACGACAACAUGUCGCAGUCGGGCGGCCGCGCGCCACACGGAGAGAACGGGCGACCAAAGGUGUGGGAUGCCGUCCAGGGUUGCUGGCUCGAGCAGGCUGGCGGUGCGGCGGCGGAGUCCGGCUCCGCAGCUGGUGCGGCGGCGAGCGGCGGCGGUGCAGCGGAAGUACAAGUCCGCGAGUACAAGUGCGGCACGUGCGGCUUCCUGCCGAAGAAGAAGCAGCAUGACUGCGCGGCAGUCCUUGCCGAGAAGUCGGCCGGCGAGGCAAGCCGUGGCUCCGGCGAAACCACGGAGAGGUUGCCGAAGCUGAGCGGCGGCGGGUGCUCGCCCGCGGCCGGCAGGCCGGCCAUGCCCGCGCGCGUGGACGUUGAGCAGCCGCCGGACUGGCUGGCGGCGGGUGCCGAGGUGGAGGUCGAGAUGGGGGAGGAGGGGCUGCGUGGCAGCCUGUACGGAGGCAAGGUGCUGCAGCUGCGGAAAGGCAAGGCGCUCGUGCAGUACGCCGCCUUUUGCGUCGAGGCGGAGGAGGAGGGCGGCGGAGACGGCGAGGCGCCGCUGCUGACCGACCGGCCCGCGGAGGCCUCCUUCCUCGUCAGCUCCGAGCUAUACAAGCGGCAGCGGUGGGCGAGGAUCGUGCUGCGGGCGACCGACUGCGGCCAGUGCAGGCCGUGCAGCGACAUGGCAAAGUUUGGCGGCCCCGGCACCCUCAAGCAGCCCUGCGCUCGGCGGGUGUGCGAGCAUUUGCGGGCGGGCAAGCCGGCCGAGGGCGGCGGCAAGCGAGACGGCGGUGGUUUCGCGCUCUGCGCCCUGCCCGCCGGCCUCAAGGCGACCCUGCCCGCCCACGAGGUUGCGAGGCUCGGGCGCGCGCUCCUCGCGUCCGUCUCUGCGAGGCCGGAGGGGAGGGUGCUCGAGGCGGCCUCUUCGCCGCCCGAGGGGGAGGCCUCUCGUGGCGGCGCCUCUCUGGGCGAGAUCCGCGCGCGGCUGGACGGGGGCGGGUACGGCGAGGACGUCUCCGCCUUCGCUGCAGACGUGCGCGCACUCUACGUCCGCCUGCACUCUACGAGCCUCGCGUCGGAUCUCGCGGCGUGCGUGAGGCGCUCCGCGGCGGGCGAGCAAGGGCCGGCGGCCAAGCGCGCCCGGCACCGCGGCCCACGGCGCGAGGCGGAGGAGGAGGAGGAGGGCUCGGAGAGGGGGCACCGGCGGUGCGAGGAGGAGGAGCUCGAGAACUUGCGCUCCUUCCUCGUCGAGUGCGGCGGCGAGGGCGACUCUGUGCUCGCGGGCUGGUCGGUCAAGCUGUGCGUGCGCCCCGCCGGCGGAAAGGCGGGCCUCUCCUGCCCUCUCGACCAAGUCGCCAGCCCUCACCCUCACCCCAGCCCCGACCCAACGCAGGUCGCGGGCGACUACUUCCUCUACUACUCGGCCACGGGGCGCGUCUUUCGCUCGCGGGCCGAGGCUGCCCAGCAGUAG